UCCUUCUCAACACAUCAUCUCUCUCUGUCUCUCUUUCACUUUCAGUAUGAGAAUUGAAUUGAAUUUGAGUUAAGUUGAAAAUCAAAGGGCAAUUGAUGUGAAGGAAAAUGUCUGCAUUUCUGCAUCAGAGACCACUCUACCCUCUCUCACCGGAAUCUCACCAUUUGUCCCCUAGAUCCCGCCAAGAUCACCAUAAAACCUCCGCCCUCGCCUUCCUCACCCGCGGCCCUGCGUCGCUCCUUCUCCUCCUCUCGCUGCUCAUAAUAGUCGGCGUAGUUUUCCCCCACCUACGCUCCCCCGAUUCCCUCAUUUUCUUCACUUCCAGGAGCUCCGAUUCCAAGUGGCGGACCUACACCCUCUCCGAUGCGGCUGCCUACGUCGCGAAGAACAAUUCGCUGAUCGUCUGCGCCGUCAGCGAGGCGUAUUUGUCGUUCCUCAACAACUGGCUCAUCAGCAUCGAACGGCAGAAGCAUCACGAUCAAGUUUUGGUGAUCGCUGAGGACUACGCCACGCUUUUCAAGGUGAAUGAGCGCUGGCCAGGGCACGCUGUGUUGGUGCCUCCGGCGUUGGAGGCCGCCGCGGCUCAUAAGUUUGGGUCUCAGGGCUUCUUCAAUUUUACAGCUAGAAGACCCCAACACCUCCUGCAAAUUUUGGAACUUGGCUAUAACGUUAUGUACAAUGAUGUUGACAUGGUUUGGUUGGCAGAUCCAUUUCCGUAUUUUGAGGGCGAGCAUGAUGUGUACUUCAUGGAUGACAUGGCUUAUGUGAAACCUCUUAAUCAUUCUCAUGAUUUGCCGCCUCCAGGAAAAAAGGGUCGUACAUACAUCUGUAGCUGCCUGAUUUAUCUCCGUCCUACUGUUGGAGCAAAAUUACUUAUGAAGAAGUGGAUUGAAGAACUAAAGGACCAACCUUGGUCUAGGGCAAAGAAGGCCAAUGACCAGCCAGCCUUUAAUUGGGCAUUGAAUAAAACUGCUGGGCAGGUGGAUGUGUACCUUCUGCCUCAAAAAGCAUUCCCCACCGGUGGUUUGUACUUCAGAAACAAGACAUGGGCACGUGAAACCGAAGGGAUGCAUGUAAUCAUUCACAACAACUACAUAAUUGGUUUUGAGAAGAAGACCAAGCGAUUUCGUGACUACGGUCUCUGGUUGGUGGAUAAAUACGCUGCUGAAUCCCCUCUUGGCAGAUUAGAGUGAGUUACAAAUGAGCUUUCUGGUGGCACAUUUAGCAAAAACCGAGCUUGCCUGGCUUGAACCUGUCGCUGGUAUUGAGAAUUGAGAAGCAGAGGAUCCGAAAGAUGCCGAGGCCAAAAAGCUCACAGAUUGCUCGAACAAGUUCUCCCUUUGUGCUCUGUAGUGUGUGUUUAUCGGAAAUGGAUAGUGUAGCCUUAAUUUUCUUGUUCAUUAAGAAGAUGCAUUCAUUUA